AUGUGGAUCAACAGGAGAAAGUUGUGUGUUGUCUCUUUACUAAUCCUCGUCGCGUAUAUGAUUAUAAAUGGUAAUCUCUACCGUUCUGCAUAUCAAAAGGCGCUGGAAAAUCAUCAUAAUUUCGUGACGGCCACUAGAGUUCAACCAUCAACCAUAAUAAUAGAUAAUGACCAGACAACAUCACUCACAAGUGCCACCAAUAUAUUUGUGUAUGAUAAGGAGUUACCUUUUGAAAACUUUUCCUACCCGUUGGACGUAGAUAUAGUGAGAUUGAUACAGGACUACAAACGUACUGGAGAGGUCAGUCAUCGUGCCAUCAAUAACUUUACACAGCGCUUCCUACAUAAUUCAUCAAACAAGUGUAGAAGCGACGUAGGCGGUAGCAAACCCCAAACAAAUGAUGUAUUUCUUCUCUUCGUGGUGAAAUCGAAGAGUGAUCACUGGAGUGCGAGAAAGGCGAUUCGGGAAACCUGGGGUAAUGAAAGUUACUUGACAAAGUUUACGAUUAAAACGGUAUUCAUAUUAGGUACCCCUGUGAGCCAAUCUCUGAUUCCCAUUUGGAAGGAAAUCAAACAAUUCGACGAUAUUAUCUUGAUGGAUUUCCAGGAUACGUAUUUCAACAAUACAUUAAAAACAUCCACUGCGUUUAACUGGGUACCUGAAUUUUGUUUCAACGCACGCUUUGUUAUGCUGGUUGACGAUGAUAUUUAUGUAUCAUUGAAAACACUGGUCUUGUUCCUCGACCAGUUACCGGUGAGUAAACGCGUUCAGUUAUAUAUGGGACGAACCUACAGUGGUUUUAAACCACACCGUAAUGUUACCAGUAAGUGGCACGUCCCGGUGUCUGAGUAUCAGUGGGACACAUACCCACCUUUUGUAGCAGCCGGAACAGUAAUAAUGACUAUGGACUUUGUGUCGGACGUACGGACAGCCAUGCGGUAUACUAAACCGUUUAGGUUGGAUGAUAUCUACUUGGCUAUACUAGCAUACAAACUGGGCGUGGCACCUGUGACCAAUGUAAAUGUUUACGGAUAUAGGGUGUCAGAUAGGAAUAUAAAGUUCUCUAAUCUUCUGACAUCACAUGGAUAUACACCAGAACGUCUCAGAAGAGCGUGGGAGAUACAUUUACAACCACUUUGACUUGUGAAACAUAUAAAAACGAUAAGCAAUGAAGCACGAUUCACCAAAUAUGGACAUGUAAUCAAUUAUGUAGAUUUAUAAUUUGUAUUAUCUGUCUUUGC